AGUUAUUUGUUAUGUACGCAUUGGUUGUAUAGUUUACUAUAGGAUUUAAAAAUUGUAUUCACAACCAUGAACGUGGAUUUUGGUGGUUUAGAAAAAGGAACAAGCAUCCAUAUACGGAGGAGCAAUGGACGCGUGCAUAAAGCUAUUGUGACACAACUACAACCAACCACAGCCAGUGUUACAGUUGAAUGGUUUGAAGAUGAUGAAACAAAAGGGAAAGAGGUAUCACUUGAAAUGAUAUUUGAAUUAAAUCAAGACCUUGCACCAGAGAACAAAAAACCUGUUCCACAAGAAAGACCAACAUCACGGAGAGCAGAUGCCCGGCCAGCUAACCAGCGAAGAACAAUGUUACAAGCACCAACUGCUUCCGUAAGAAAUCAACAAAAAGAAAAUCGAAGUCCAUCUCCAGGUUACGGUCCACGCAGAGUAGCCAAGCCAGAUUACCAACCACCACCACCAGCUGCAAGACAAAGUAUUUUAAACUUACCCAAACCAUAUGACAAUGAUAAAGUGGCGAAUAAUGUUCCAAUUAAUGGGAACGGAAUGGCCAUGCCACCACCUAAAGCUCCUCCAAGAGGACGGAAGUCAAAUGUGGUCGAUGAGGUUGAGAAGUUAAGGAAGAAUCGAGAGGAAAGAAGAGCUGCUCAAGUCAUUGAACGAGAACGAAGACAACAAUAUUAUGAUCCAAAUAAUGCAAACUGGGAAUUUGCUAUCAUGAUCAAAGAAUUCAGAGCAAGUCUUGAGAUGAAGCCACUCACAGCAGCAGAUCCUGUGUUGGAUCAUCGGAUAUGUGUCUGUGUUCGCAAACGUCCUUUAAAUAAAAAGGAGUUGGGUCGGAAAGAAAUUGAUGUUGUCACUGUUCCAAGCAAAAACAUUGUCAUGGUCAGUGAACCAAAGUCGAAAGUAGACAUGACCAAAUAUUUGGAAAACCAAAAUUUCAGGUUUGAUUAUUCAUUUGAUGAAACGUGUACAAACGAAAUGGUGUACUGGUACACUGCCCGACCACUGGUUGAAUGUAUAUUUGAAGGAGGAAUGGCAACUUGCUUUGCUUAUGGACAAACUGGCAGUGGCAAAACUCAUACUAUGGGUGGAGAUUUCACUAUGGGUAAAGCACAAGAUACAAGGAAGGGAAUUUAUGCCUUAGCAGCUCAAGAUGUUUUUCAUUUACUUCAAAAACCCACAUAUCGUCAUCAUAAUCUUGAUGUUUACGCAAGUUUUUUUGAAAUCUACAGUGGCAAGGUGUUUGAUUUGCUGAACAAGAAAUGUCGGUUGCGUGUAUUGGAAGAUGGUAGACAACAAGUACAAGUUGUUGGAUUACAAGAAAGAAGAGUAACCUCAAUUGAAGAAGUUCUACAACUCAUAUCUGAUGGAACAAGAUGCAGGACUUCUGGAGUAACGUCAGCCAAUCAGCAUUCAUCUAGGUCACAUGCAGUUUUUCAACUGAUACUAAGACGAAGUGGACCCCGACAGUUAUUACACGGCAAAUUCUCUCUCAUUGACUUAGCUGGUAAUGAAAGGGGUGCGGACACGACAAGUGCUGAUCGUCAAACCAGGGUAGAAGGUUCGGAAAUUAACAAAAGUCUUCUUGCAUUGAAAGAAUGUAUCCGAGCAAUGAGUCAAAACAAACAGCAUCUCCCGUUCCGUGCAAGCAAACUAACGCAAGUAUUGCGUGAUUCGUUCAUUGGUGAAAGAUCACGCACCUGCAUGAUUGCAACUAUAUCUCCCGGGAUUACAUCAUGUGAACAUAGUCUAAACACUCUACGAUACGCUGAUAGAGUGAAAGAUUUUCAUGCAAACAUCUCCCAACAAGUACGUGUUCCUGAUAAACUUCCUUUAAAUCUCGCCUCUAAUCUUCGUAAACCAAACCGACGCACACAAUCUGAAUCCCGAAUCCCAAGUCCACGGAAGACCGAAGUAUAUCCGUCUCGUCCCUUAACUGGGAGGAGAAACUUAGAAGCAGAAGAUGCAAUACCCGUGCAUCACCCUGCUCCAAGCAUUGCUCCCAGUCAUAGUGAUACUUGUUUGACAAACUUAAGCGAAAAUGAAGAGGAUAGCAACAUGUUUAAAGCAGUUGUGGACAGCUAUGCACAUAUGAGAGGAUCUUUCAGUCUUCAAGCUGAUCUUGAUAUAUUGACCUCAGCUUCAGAACAAGAAAAUAUAUUUCCUCACAUUGAGUUAGUGAAGGAGUUAGCAUUGGAUGAUGGCGGUGAUGAACCUUUCAAGAAGCGACAUGCUGCUGCUGGUGGGGCUGCAGGUGGUGGUGGAAUGUUGGAUAGAAUUGAUGAAUCUCCACAACAAGCAGGAAUGCAUUCCCCCAACAACAGUGAUCUCGCACUUAUUAGUUCAAUCUGUGAAAAUGAAAUUUCUCGUGAAAUGUUUGAAGUUCAUCAAACUGUGUCCUCGCUGCAAGAGAUUGAAGAAGAAACUGUUGAAUGUCACAGGAAUUUUUUGCAAGGGAUGUCAACAUCAAUGGCAGCUUCCACGAACUUGUUUAAUAUGACAGAAGACGUUGAUUUUGAUGCUGAAGGUUACGUUGCACGAGUUAAAGAUCAUCUUGAAACUUUUGAGCAAGAAAAUAAGAAACUACUAGAAGAUUUUAAAGAAAAGUUAAAUUUGUUUGAACAAACAUUGCUUGAAGAAGAAGCUGUAUCACAGAAUAUGAAGAACAAAGCUGGUAACAGGAAAGUGUGAUUUAUAACUGGUGGUUAUUGUACAUUGUACUUCAAUUGACAUCUAAUCACCUUAGUGGCUUGGUGGUAUUGUUUACCUAUUACCUUCUUACAUAUUCCUCAUACUACAGUAAAUCCAGCAAGUGUUUUGAUGUAAGAUGUUGUAAUUGGUUCCAACAACACAGUUCUGCUUCAAAUACUUUUCUACAAAAUUUAAUUUUAUAUUUUGUUAUAUCAGUGCUUGUAGCAAAAAAAUGCUAAAAUGUUCAUAUUAUUGUUUAUAAUUGAUCACAGCAGAUAUAUUUGCAUGUAGGAUAUGAUUAAUGUUGCAUCUCACUAACUACUGUGAUUCAAGUUGCGUUUUGUUUGUUUCAUUAUUUGUGUGGUGCUAUGCCAACCUGCUGGGCCACUUCAUAUAAAACAACAGUCGACCAUUAAAACAAAUUGGCUGACAUUCUUGCCCUUCCACUACAAACCAGUGUGCUGUAGCCGAACAAGAAGGCAAACGCCUUUUCUAGUCAGACAUUUUAGUUCAAUCAUUUCCUAAGUUGUUCCGGUAGCAGCAAGCAAAUCCCGGUUUGGCGUUGACGCAUUGGUUUCCAAGCGACCUUUCUAUUUUCAGUUUGCUUGAUACGUCGUGUAGAGUUGGGUUUAUUACAGAGUAUGAAUUUCUCAAACAACCUCGUAAUCCUUCGAUGCAUUACACAUCGGAAUAAUAAGAAACCAGCAUAUCAACCUUGAAAUAUUUGAAUGAAAUGUCUACUUCUAUACUUAUUUUAAAUGUAUCAGAAAAACUGUUUUUGCAUUACACGUUUUCAUACAUCUGUGACUUGGUGUGUGAUAGUGUUAAGUAUUAAAUAAAUUCCCGUGAUGCUCAUGAA